CGCCCAGACGGGGACUUCGAAGCGCUCAAUGAUUUACAAGGAGCGUGCUCGUUGUGUCGCUGCGCUCGCUCGCUCCACAUCCAUGUGGGCCGUGGUAUGCAGCUAAGCGGUUGGGAAGUAUCCAGCCACGCAUGGCCCAGCGACGCCUCGAGCGCACACUCGGAGCAGUUUUCUUUCGAAAACGGUGGGACAGAGACAGGCGGUUGUUCCGAGAUAUCGUGUUUUGAUCCCGCGAGACCUGUAUUGCUCAUGUAUGGCUCCAGCAUUGCAUGCUGAGGGGCUUAUCGGCGUGGUUCAUCGCACGCUGGAGCGCCCUGCGAUACACGUCCUAGCCCCAGGCGAGAGAGAGAGAAUCAGCACUGGAGCCCAGCUGCUCCACGACGGGAAUGAACAACCGGCAUCCCCAGUCUCUGUCCAGCGAGCGAUGCUGAUGGCUCCAAUGAUUCCGAGCAGCCCCGGCGCGCGCCUUGUGCCGAGCCGAUGUCCGGCUGGUGUCGGGGCCUGCAGGAACCGCAGCAACGGCGCUGCGGCGUGCGUGCCAUGAGUCCGAUGCCGGAGGCUCCAGAACACAGCUGUGGUCGUGGUCGUGGAGCCGAGCACAGCGGGAACGAUCUUGUCGAGUGGCUCGGCAGCAGUGUUCCGGAGAGUAGCAAUAGUAGUAGGUACAUGUGUUACAUUGACAUCCUA